AGGUAAAUAAACCACGCAAUUGUCAAUCCAUCUAGUGUCGGCAGGUCUGUUGCUCACCAGGAGCUGCGGAAUGUUUGGUGAAAUACGUUGCAUUUGAGCAAAAAGAGAACUCAGCACCAACGGAGAAACGCACCGCCAUGGGAAAGGACGUGAAUCUUGACUGUACGCAAAAUCUGGUACAUCCCGACUGGGAAAUACUAGAUCCAACGCCAGACAUUUUCGCCCUCUUCCCGCUGUUCGAUCGGAAGUUCUUCCAGGGCCGACUGUCUUGUGUACAACUGGAGUGGAGUAAGAAAAUGUACAACUGUGCUGGAAUAUGCUAUCAACGCUCAAAUCGACUGGGGAAAAGCUGCAUUAUAAGACUGAGCGAGCCGCUGCUCAAGCUGCGGCCACGGAAGGAUUUGAUCCAAACGCUUCUGCAUGAAAUGAUACACGCCUACUGCUUUGUGUUGGGAAUCCGCGAAGGAAAUGGGGGGCACGGGCCGACGUUUAAAAAAAUAAUGAAUGGCAUCAACAAAAUAGCAGGCACUAACAUUACGGUUUACCACAGCUUCCACGACGAAGUUGACCUGUACAAGACGCAUUGGUGGAAGUGUAACGGCCCAUGCCAGCAUCGGCAUCCGUUUUAUGGGCUGGUGAAGCGCACAACCAACCGCAAACCGGGUACGUACGACUUUUGGUGGCAAGAGCAUCAAAAUACGUGUGGCGGUGAAUUCAUCAAAAUACGCGAACCCUCCCCUAAGCGGAAGCGAGCCGUAACCAACAAGGAAAACAUAAUGGGAUCUCAGACGCCCAGUCAGCCACGCCGGUCGCAGGAUUCGAAACCGAGAGCUACUCCAAAUAAUCAGAAAAAUGUUAUAUCUAAUUACUUCAACAACUCUACCACCGUCAGUAUUCCCACGAAAAAACCGACCUACACGACUGGAGCAAAGCCAAACUUUGGCGGGGGUACGUUAGUGAUUAGAAAACCGCCGACGACGCAGACGCGUCCCGUAGUCCCAAAAAAAGAAAAGCCUCCUUCGCCCAUUCUUAAGGAACCACCUCCUGUCCAGAAACUCCCAGCGGAAGGUAACCUACGUAACGUGAGGCAGUUUAAAGACCUAUCGAGCGACGAGGAAGGUCCGCCAAAAGCAAAGAAACCUCCAGUUCCGAUAUUUUCGGGUACGGGAUUCGUGCUAGGGACAGCUUCCACCGACAGUACUGGUGCGCGAAGAAGUCGACUUUUGGACAAAUUUUCUUCAACCAGCGGCGGUGCCAAACCAUCUUCGACUAAAAAACCGCGAAUCGAGCGAACAGACCCCAAGCCUAGUAGCAGCAACGCGGUAGAAUCCAUCCUGCUAUCCGACGACUCAGAUGGCGUAUUCGAGGAGAUAGAUUUAACCGAGGUUGGGCGAACGGUAGAAAACAUCAAAAAGGAACGGCAAGAUGCGAUCAAGAAGGAAAUUGUUGAUUCGCUCACAAACGAUGAUAUGGAUGAGAUUUACCUCAUUGACGACGACUACGAUGACGAGCUGGCGGAUGAAGAGCUCUCUUCGAUCGACGAUACUCUGCUCGACCGAUCGGUUAUUGAUGAACUGUUUAACGAUAGCGAUGCGCUGAUAGAGGACUUCAAUCGUACGAAUGCACAAAUCAAGAUCGAAAAGCCGGACGACGAAAUCGUUUCGUGUCCGAUGUGUCUGAAAAAAGUGACUCGCGGUAAGAUCGGUGAUCAUCUCGAAGACUGCUAUGCGCAUAUUUCCGGUGAGCCGAGGACAGUCACCAAGAAAAAACCGCCUGCGACAAGGGAGCAAACACCGAGCGCUACAUUGUCUGGAACGAGCCGGGAUGGGAGCCGGCCAUCAACAUCGCGGGCAACGAGCAACGAUGAAAGCCGACCGUCUACAUCGGGGGCAACGCCUGCCAGAAGAGCAUCAGCUGCGUCGAAGAAAGCGGAUGAUAUGGUUACGGCUCACCAGCAACUUCUGCGUGAUUGUGGGUACGGAGAGGCAGACAUCACAGCUGUGCUGCAGGACAUCAGUAUGGAGGAAAUGCCUGCACCAACCAUGACGUCUUUGAGACAGCAAGUCCUACGGGACUGUGGCUACUCGGAAGAAGACAUAUUACGCGUGCUCGAUGACGCAUCGCCCGAGGAGUUGCAGGACAACGACGUGGAAUUUAUCUCUGCAGUGGAAAGCUGUGACUGCCCUAUCUGCGGUAAGAAGGUGGCACUCAACUUAAUAAACCAACACCUCGACCAGUGUCUCAUGAAGUAAGGUUGGAAUGUUAUGUUUGAAUAAAAAAUAACUCAUUUCGAAA